AUGGCUUCCACAGCUCCUCCGAUCCUCCCAAUCACCAAUUCCCAAACCGUCCCAUCCGCCGCACCUUCCUCCGUCGAAUCUCAAGCACCGAUCGCAACUCCUGCGUUUCGCCUUUUCAUCAAUCAGAUCUCCGAAACCGUCAAAAACGGUCUCUCUCAACGUCGUCCUUGGGCUGAGCUCGCGGAUCGAUCUGCAUUAUCCAAACCUGAAUCGAUCUCCGACGCAGCCGUACGGAUCCGUAAGAAUUACUCGUAUUUCAAGGUCAAUUACCUCACCGUAGCGACUGCGAUCGUCGGAUUCUCGCUCGUGACUCAUCCUUUCUCUCUCGUUUUCCUCCUCUGUUUGCUCGCGUCUUGGCUUUUCCUCUACCUGUUUCGUCCUUCGGAUCAGCCGAUUGUUGUCUUUGGUCGUACGUUCUCAGAUCGUGAGACGCUUGGGUGCUUGAUUUUGUUCAGUAUCUUUGUGAUUUUUCUCACUGAUGUUGGAUCUGUUCUUGUUUCGGCUUUGAUGGUUGGUGUUGCGUUGAUCUGUGCUCAUGGUGCGUUUAGGGCUCCGGAAGAUCUAUUCCUUGAUGAGCAAGAGCCUGCAGCUACCGGAUUCCUCUCUUUCCUCGGCGGCGCAGCCUCAUCCGCCGCGCCUGCCGUCGUUGCAGCUCGCGGGUAA